AGGUGACUUUGUUUCUUGGUCAAUGAUUCACUGUGGGUGCUUUUAUUGUUUUCUUAUGCUAACCAUUAUUGACAGUAUUCAAAAAUCACAUUUCAUACGUAUAGUAUAAGCGGAGAAUGAUUCCAGUUUUAGACGUGUUUUAAGUUAGUGUUUAAGUUUAAGUUAGCUGCAGGCUGAGAGGCAUUCAAGACCUUUAGUCGCUAACCAACAGCCAAAAGAUCAUCAUGGCUCACUUUAUGUUAAGCUCAGUGAUUUUGGUUCUGCUUGUGGGUCUGGUGAAUUCGGCACCCACAGCAUCAGUUACCAAGUUCGUGCCGUCCAUUAACGACAAUGGAGUUGUGGUGGUGCCAUCUGAGAAUAAUUAUUCCCUGAGGAUUAAUCUCGACGGUUCAACGCGGGAUGAGGUUGUUGAACAGAUUGCUCCAGAUGUGCUGCAAGUUAAGGGCACUCUUAGCCAGCGUUUUCCCGGAUCCACAAACCUGCUGGUCACCUACGAGGCUGGUCCCAAUGGAUAUGUGGCCAAGUAUAGCCUAUAUGGACAAUCUGAUGUGGGGAUCCAGGUUCAACAGUUACCAGCCAAUGUGUUAAAGACUGCCGCUGGAUAAAUUAGUUUACAUCAACUUUGUAUAACGCGCAAUAAAACAGACAAGGUCUUUGAUUAUGUUUAACUUCUAUAAAA